AUGAUAAGGGCUAACAUAUCGAAAAGGACGCUGAAGGACAGAUGGCAAAAAUGGUUGGGCAGCGCAUAUGACAAAAGUUUGUGGGAAACAAACAAACUCGAAGUUGUGCAACUGGAUGUCGGAAAGAACCACACACAGAGAGACUUUGAGAGCGGACUGGGUUCACUCAAAAUCGACAUCGUCAUCCACACUGCCUCGACUAUUAAUCUCGGCAGUUCACUCGCCAAGAUCAAAGAUGUUAUCAUCGAGGGGAGUCUGGGGCUAGCAGCAUAUGCCUCCAGUCGCCAAGACAUAGAGCGAUUCGUCUAUGUCUCCACGGCGUUCGCUAAUGCCCACCUACAAUCUGAUGGCAACGCGGAGAAGUCCCUCUCUGUGCCUAUCGACGAAUCCAUCUAUCCACUCGGAGAUGCACAGAGAGAGUUGGAGGAUGUCCGAAACGGUAUCGAAUCUGACGAUCUUGAAAUUUUUCCCUGGGCAUAUACGUAUGCGAAGCAUCUUACCGAGCGUCUUCUUAUGCAGAAGCUCGGCGACAAACUGCUCAUUGUUCGUCCAUCGAUUAUCGGCCCUGUCUUGCAUUUCCCAGUAAAAGGAUUCAGCGUUCCGAAAUCCACGCCUUGUGUGACCCUUGCGGCGGGCGUUAUGCUGCUCCCGACAUGGCGCAUGACCUUGGCAUCGCGAUUACCAGGAGCCGGCGCCGACGCAACUUGCAAUGUCAUACCAGUGGACGUGGGGCGGCUGAUCGCCUUCUGGCCCAUCUCGCUCUGGAUCUGCUCAAGUGGUCCAUGCCUCAAAGUUAAAUGGAUCAAGGAGGACUGGCACUCUGCAAGAAUACAUCCCGUCGGUCGUUUGUUCAAAAUCCUAGGGACAUCGUUCGACUUUUCAGACUACAAUACCAUUCAACUAGAGGAGAAGAUGGGAAAGUCCGAACAAUUCAAUACCGUCAUCUCAGAGAAAGGCGUUCAGAUACCGGAACCAGGCAGUGGAAGCAGGCCACAGCUCUUCGUCUAUGAUGAACAAGAUCUCAUUGAUUUUGGGACAUGGAAGGUGUCGGUAAAAGAAAGUAUGGAGAUGUUCGCAAAGCGUGAUUGGGCGGCCAGAUUGGUUGUUCGGGUAUUGUACUGA